CCGCCCGCCCCUGAAGGGAGGCGUGCAGGCCCCCUGGAGCGGGCUGCAACCGACCUUCGAGCCCCGAGUCCCGGGAAGGAGGUCCCCGCUCUUCGCUUCGCUCCUGGUGCUUUCCAUUCGCGAGACUCAAAGCAGCAGCGGAGCGGCCACCAGACGCCCACCCACCGGAGCAGGCAGCAGCAUGCGGCCGCUGCGAAGCUUGUGCAGACGCGCCCUGCUGGCUCUGAUCAUUGCCUGCGGCGUGGCGGGGGUCCGGGGAGAAGAGAGGGGAUUCCCACCGACCAGAGCCACUCUGCCACUUCCGGGGCCCGGGGAGAUAAUGACGCCCUCCACUGAGGUUUCCUGGCCGAAGGAUGCCAACGCCAGCGUGCCCUUGACUUCUGCACCUCCGCAGAUGCCUAAAGCAGGGAGCACAGCUGGAGCCAGGCCACGCUCCCCUCCUCCGUGCGAGAAAUCCGCUGAGAUCAAGGAGACUUUCAAGUAUAUCAACACGGUGGUGUCCUGUCUAGUGUUCGUGCUGGGCAUCAUCGGAAAUUCCACACUGCUGAGAAUCAUUUACAAGAACAAGUGCAUGCGAAACGGCCCUAAUAUCUUGAUAGCCAGCCUGGCUCUGGGAGACCUGCUGCACAUCAUCAUUGACAUCCCCAUCACUGUGUACAAGCUGCUCGCCAAGGACUGGCCCUUUGGAGUUGAGAUGUGUAAGCUAGUGCCUUUUAUCCAGAAGGCCUCCGUGGGAAUCACUGUGUUGAGUCUAUGUGCUCUAAGUAUUGACAGAUAUCGAGCUGUAGCUUCUUGGAGUCGAAUUAAAGGAAUCGGAGUUCCAAAAUGGACAGCAGUAGAAAUUGUUUUAAUUUGGGUGGUCUCCGUGGUUCUGGCUGUCCCUGAAGCCGUGGGCUUUGAUAUGAUAACCAUUGACUACAAAGGACGUUACCUGCGAAUCUGCUGGCUUCCUCCUACUCAGAAAACAGCCUUCAUGCAGUUUUACCAGACAGCUAAAGAUUGGUGGCUAUUUAGUUUCUAUUUCUGCUUGCCAUUGGCCAUCACUGCUUUGUUUUAUACCCUAAUGACCUGUGAAAUGUUGAGAAAGAAGAGUGGCAUGCAGAUUGCUUUAAAUGACCACUUAAAACAGAGACGGGAAGUGGCCAAAACAGUCUUUUGCCUGGUCCUUGUCUUUGCCCUAUGCUGGCUUCCCCUUCAUCUCAGCAGGAUUUUGAAGCUCACUCUUUAUGAUCAGAAUGAUCCUCAUAGAUGUGAACUUUUGAGCUUUUUGUUGGUCUUGGACUACGUUGGCAUCAACAUGGCCUCCCUGAAUUCCUGCAUUAAUCCUAUAGCUCUGUAUUUGGUGAGCAAAAGAUUCAAAAACUGCUUUAAGUCAUGCCUAUGCUGUUGGUGCCAGUCAUUUGAAGAAAAGCAGUCCUUGGAGGAAAAGCAGUCGUGCUUGAAGUUCAAAGCUAAUGAUCACGGAUAUGACAACUUCCGUUCCAGUAAUAAAUACAGCUCAUCUUAGAAGAAGGAAUAUUCACUUAAUUUCAUUUUCUUUAUUUUGGACAGAAGUCACUAAAACAAUGAGGCGUUUGCCAAAACAAAGCAACUGUGUGCUUGCACAAGACAAUGUAAAAGUGUAAGAGUGCUUAUUUUCUUAACACUCACAGUGACCCGUGACAUUCUGUGAGCUACGUAUCGCACGAGGAAAAAAAGCAGUGAGAAUUAAGAAAGGCCCCUCGCGAAAGCACUUAAUGUUUGACAGCCAGCACUUCAAUGCAGCUCUUAAUAACUUCCAGUACAUUCAUGUACCACUUAGUUUUAGGUUGAACUCACUCUGAAUUCCCAUUAAAAAGGUAUAUGUUUUAAAUUAAUGUGAAUCUGGUAUAAAAGAAAAUUACAUCACUGUAAAAUGAAAUUUUUAAAUUAAGUUUAAAUUACUCAAUUUAAACAAUUUUUUAAAUCCUUCAAAAGAACUUUUUUUCAUUCAUGGUGUCAAACCAUUGGCUGGACUAUAAAAUAUGAAAACAAGUUUAGCUGGUGUAUCUUUCUUUUUUUUGACAUUAGAAACAUAAAGGAUCAGGAGGUAGCAUCAGAGAGAUUGAGGGUUUUUGAAAAUCAUUAACCUUUCUACAUUCAGAGAAGACCUAAUGUCACAAAGGGAAAGAGAGAGAAGGUUUGGAAUGCUAUCCCAAAAGACUGCUUUGAAAUGUCCUACUCAUGUAUUCUGCAAAGAAAAUACUACCUAUGAUUUUUUUCAAGAUCAUUAAAACGUUCUUUUUUCACUGCUGUAGUUUAAACACUAUUUGUUUCGUUUUGUCAUCUGUAAAUACUUAGCUACAAUUAUAGGAUGUGCAGAUGACUCAACAAAGGGCCGGUCCCAGCGUUCGUAUUUUUACAAUGGAGACACGCCAGGAACCCCAAAAGGGACAGGACGUGAGUUGCCUGGAGCAGGGCCCACAGGGCACAGGAGAGAGCAGCGUCCUGUCCCACGUGCGCAAUCAACAUGGUCUGUGGCAUAGGUGUAAUAUGAUAAGUAAAAUGCUGUUUUGCGAAAUCACACCAAUUAAUCAAUUUAAGAGCUACCUGUAAAGCUUAUUACUAAUUUUUAUAUUAUUUUUGUAAGUAACUAAUAGAAAACAGUUAUGGAUAUGGUGCUUUUAUGUCAUAUGCAGGCAAAAGUGCUUUUGGGGACCUUAAGGGCCUCUUCCUUUGUGCAUUUUUGCCUAAUUCUUUCAUCUCCCCGGCAAAGUGCCUUAGGUUAACUUGGGAUGAUAUGUGUGUGAAAAUAUGUACAAGAGAGAACAGAAGAGAGGAAGCGAGGUGGGGUGGGAGGAAACCCACAGGGACGGAUUCCCAUUCUUAGCCUGACGUUCGUCAUUGCCCGGUCACAUCAAUACAAAAGGUCCUGAUUCUGUUCCAGCAAAACACAGCGCAAUGUUCUCAGAGUGACUGCAGGAAUAAAUUGGGCCCAAGAGCUUUAACUCCGUCUUAAAAUAUAACAGAGUUUCUACUUUUGUUUCUUUUAGUAACCCUGGGCCACAUGUUGGAAAUGAGCUAGCAAUGUUGUUUUCUACCAGCAUCUAAUGUGAUAAUACAGUAAACCAAAACCCAAAGAUGUGGCCGAAAAGAAAUGAUGAUAAUUAAUUAGCAGGCCACAUGGAUUCUAUUUACAGAUCACUCACGGUCUUGUUUAUUAGUUUCUUCCCAAUCACUUUCUCAGAUGCUUGUCAAUCCAGAAGACAUUUCAAACUUUGGAUUUUAAAUUAACUUUGGAUGACUAAUAGCUUCACAGUUGGUUAACAUAUUUUUUUAUUCCUCAAGGUUUAGCUCAUUUUUAUUACCAUGUACUGAAUGUUGGUUCUUCCUUCUCAUUUACAUCCAAUACCCUUUCCUUUUCCAUAUAGACUGUGGUCUGUAAUCAUCUUGCCAAACUUUGAAACCACACACAAAGAGGAUGUACAUGUACUCUUUAUAAAGAUAUUGCAUUCAGUAGCUUUUCUAAAAAUGUUUGAAUUCAAAAAUUUAUUCAAAAAACAUGCUGAUAAAAGUUGGUAACAAGCAAUAUGGCAUAGUUAAAACCAAUAUGGCCAAAGGAAUACAGUUUAUAGCAAAAAUGGGUAUGCUGUAGCUAACUCUAUAAAAUUGUAAUAUAAACUUGUAAAAUAAUUAUAUAUUUUGUUUUUCUGUGGUCACUUAAAGUGCCAACUACUGUAGUUGCUGAUUCCUUACUAUGUAAACAAAAUCAAUAAAAAAUUAAAUUGUUUAAGAAACAAA